UUGCUAACAUGCCCAACUGAACAAACCGUAGCUUCAGCAUUCUUGAGAACACCAUUAUUAGAAGAAACAUUGGUAAUGACAGCCAUGGAACUGCACUGGCAGACCACUUGGUAAGAAAAAAAUCGGUGACCCUAGAGGAUCUCCUCAGUCUGCGCAGUCCCGGCGCCCUCCACCUUGUGGGGCGUGUCUCCGAGAAGCCUCCCCGCCUCCGGAGCAGCCAAGAAGCUUCCCCUCCAUGGACGCUUCCUGCCGCCCCACGGAGGCGUCGACGGAUGGUUUCGGCGAUUCGGACCCUCCAAAUUUGGGACUGGUAAGAACAGAAGAGGAAGAAUACGUGGAAUCCUUUGUAAGGGUUUCACUUCUGCUGGCCAGUGAGGAUUUGCGCAAGGUUCAGGAUCAUGGGUCUAAGAUGCUUAAGCAUCUCCUGAAACACAGGAGUGAAAAAAUUAGCAGUACUGAUCUUCUAAAGCUGAAGUUACAGCUGGUUAAACUCCAUACUGAUUCAGUUGUGGACAGCGCAGAAGCCAUUUCAGAGGAAACAGUGCCCAAAAUAGAAAAAGCAAAACAUAAGCAUAAUACCAGUCUACUUGUAUUAGCUGCGAGGAAUAAUUUGAGAAGUCAGGAAACAGGUGAAGCAGAUGGAGUCUCUGCUAGCUCCACCCCAGGAUCAUUUUGUCAAUCAAUUUCUUCAGAUUCAGGAAAGAGGCCUCUUGUCUCUGGAGAUGAAAGAGUGGACUUAUCUCUUGCACUUGACCCUAGCUUUCACUCUGGUGAAACAGUAUCUCCCUCAAUGCCCUUGAAAAAUUUAGGACAACUGAUUUGGGUUUCAGAAGAUGAAAUAAUCGACCUAACCAUCGACCAAACCCUUCAACAAAUAAAGUCAUCAUGUAGUUUCCGACAAGAUGCCCACCUCCACUCCCUUCCUUUCCCUGUAGAUCACCCUAUUCCUAUCUCUUCGGGCACACUGCCAGACUACAGCGACACGCCAAAGAGGCUGGUUCUUAGUCUAGAAUCUGACGGGAGAAGCAAUGGCAGCAAUGGUUUUGCCAGUACUGGAAACAGAAAUAGCUGCAGCCCUGGUGAAAUAGAUGGUAGCAUCCAGAGUAAAUCAGAUGGGAGCAGCCCGGAAAAAUCUGAUGGGAGUAAUGAUGGCAGCGGCAUCAUGUCAGAUAAAAAAACCCAGAGCAGUGAUUGGAGCGUGAAAGCUAUGGGAGUCGAUGAAACAAUAUCUCUAAAUCAGGGAGUGGGCUGCCUUCUCCUUACAGAGCAUAAUUUAUUGUGUGAGGCAUUUGUUAUUGUAACAUCUUGUCCAGGGAUUCAGCGAUAUGCAAUCAUGCUUCCAUGUCUACUUAAUUCUCUCAAUAGAAUAUGGACCCAGAGGGAGUGGAAUGAUAAAUAUGUGGAUACUGUGUCUGGAUUGAGCAAUCUAUUUUCUGAUGGUCAAUUUUUAAAGAUGUCUUAUCAUAUUGUCAAAUUCUGUGAAGAAAAGCUUACGGGGAGCGUAAAAAAUGAGUAUGGUGCUUGUGAUGUUUUCCCCGUAGCCCUUCUGCAAUCAAUCAUUCCUCUAUUCUUACGGCUGCUCCGUUGUAUACAUGCACUUUGGAGCGUGGAAAUUGGUAUUGGCUGGUUGCCUCAAGAAGUUGAUAUGGCUAAAAGCUUGAGCUGUAAUGAGCUUGGAUGUUUGCUUGAAAUUUCUGAUGGACUGUAUACCAUUGACAGCGAUGAAUCAUUCCGUGAGAAUGAGACAAGAGCACAGCUAGAGGGCACUCGGCAGAGAGUGUACAAUUUUAUAGGUCAAUGUACAACCGUUGAGGAGGCAUUCUCUAAGUUAUUGGAUAGUCUAUCUGUUAGUAAUGCCUUCAUGGAAGCGCUGGAGUGUAUGGAAUUCAGGCAUUUAGGGAAGCUUAUCCAUCUUGUAGUUGUUCCUCUGGUCAAGCAUUGCCCCAGUGAACUCUGGGAGGAGUGGACAGUCAACUUCUUAGAGCCCAUACUAUUGCAGUGUGAGCAUAGGCUUCAUGCUGCUUGGUUUUAUCAUCUGUAUGAAAACCAAGCUGACAGCCUGUUCAACUAUGGUAAUCUUGUUGGAGAAGAUGAACAAAUAAAAAGUUUGGGAUAUAUGCUAUUGCUAGAGUUUACUCGAAAACUGUCGGGUUUGCUUGAAGCCUUAGCACUUAUGGAACAGACUAGUGUACGUCUACAUGAAGAUGUUAAACCUAUCUGCAACAAAGAUACCGUUUCUUCACAAGAUUUGAACUCUGUGUCACCAUCUUCUCUCUUCAGGUUUCUUCUGCGUCAUGAUUGCUUUGGAAAGUUGAGGAUGGGCCUCUUUGGAUACUUUGUGGAUGAUGAAGCAGCAAGGAAGGCUCUUCAGUUUUGCCGUUGUCUGAUUCGGCUUGCAGUUUCUACAAAUGAUGGGAGGCUUCGGCUUUUGAUUGUAGACGAUCUACUUCCGUGUCUAACUCGGCGUCUAGACAAUGAUCUCCAAUGUGCAGUCCAACACGUAAUGCGCCCUUUGAGGUCCAGUACAACUGCUAGUGUGGACCAAGAGCUGCUUGUUCUUUGCAAAGACUUAUAUGUUAAUCUGGUAAAGGAUUAUGAUGGAAAAGAUAAGGACAGCGACUCUGAUGAAAAAAAAUUUGAAUCCUGGUUGACGAAGGAAAAGGGAAAUCUUCGAGUAAAGGCAUGUUCUGCUGCGAAGGAACUCCCAGAUGGAUCUGACUGGAAUUGGGAAUUCGAAGAUGAAUUUCAGAGAUACCUUCCUGCUUAUAUGGAAAUGUUGCAACAAGUGGAUUCCAUUGAUGCAUGUGAAGUGUAUGAUCAUUUGGAAGAAGAAGCUCUCCUUCAGAAAUUGGGGACAAAUUUCAGAUCUAAGUAUGGCAUCAACAGCCGAGAACACCCUUAUAUGUUGACCAUCUCAUCUUUGCGGCAGCGACAAUGUUAUUCAAUGAGUGGCAUUUUAUACCAACGGGAAAAAAUCAAAUGUAUUAGCGAAUUACUCAAACUCAAGCCUUACAUCAAGGUCUUCAAUUGUUCUUCUGCUACUAUUUCUCGUCUCCAAGAAAAAUUUGAGAUAAAUUUUGAAGAUCCUGAGUGUGCUAUGUUACCAUCCCUUGAUCUUCUGGAUGAUCUAUUAUCUCUUUGGGAACCUGUAUAUCAUCCUCUGAUACGCGAGAGCCACAUGGACAUACUAUUGCGGAAAGUUGAUCAAUAUAUCAAGGCGAAUGAAAGAGAACACUGCCAGCAAGUCGUACCAGCGACACUUGAUUUUGAGGUGCAUUUGCAGCCCUAUGCAGACGCUUUUUUUGAGAAUAAGCUUAAAGAGAACAUGUAUUUUAGAGCAAUAGAUCAAAUACACCUGCAUAAUGAGUUUGAUAGACAGUUGGCUUCCGGUGGGCUAGAUCAUCUUGUGGAUGAAUGUAUUUCUUCUAAGGAUGACUUUGUAAAGAAUCUUCUUGUCAAAGAUGAAGUGGCGAAGAUGAAGUUUCAAGAUUUGGAUCAUGAUCUCAUAAAGUUGUCUCUCGAGUGGAUAUCUGAGCUUGUGGAAAUCCGUCAUCAAGUUCGCACUUAUUCUCGUUCUUUACGGAUCCUCUUUAAGGAUAAGUCGCUACAAGGUGAUAUCGAAGUGUUGAUGAAUGAACUGGAGUUAGGAGGCUUUUUCGACACUGAUAAUGAUUCUGUCAAUUGGGAGAGCUUUUCAGAACUUGUGAAUCAAUUUGGUAGCAAAGUUUUUGCUGGACAUUCCCUUCCGAGACAUUAUGUGGUCAGAGGAAUCAUGGAUUAUGGGUCGGUGUGGAAGGCUAGCUCUGAUGUGGAUGCUCUCAAAGCGGUUGCUCUUAAAGUAUGUGACAGGUGGAUUGAAAGCUGUGAACAGUUCUGGAUGGACACAAGAUACUAUGAGCAUACCUACUAUAACAUUGUUAGGCGACCCCUGCAACAGGUCUUCCUGAAAUAAGAGAUUCAGACUAGAAGCUACAUUGUUCAUGUUGGCUGAACUUUACUGCAAUAGGCUCAUCAGGAUGCUUAGACUAACGUGUAAAUCUCACAACAUCAAAGAUUAUAGUUUUUUUCAUAAAAUUAACACAAUACCAUCCUGAACUGGAAACACUUUA